AAAACAUACCCGUCGUUUGCUACUGACCGUUUCUCUCUAGACUAGCACAACAUGUCAGUGGAACUUUCGGAUGCGGCAAGAAACGCAGAUUUUAUCGUGAAAGAACCCUCGACGCAGUCGCGCAUAAUGCUAGGACACAAAUCGUCAGUGUUAGCAGCCGCGUUCUUCAAAGACGGUCGAAGGGUCGUCACCAGUUCAUCGGACAAAACCCUGCGAAUUUGGGAUGUGCAAAAAGAAGCAUUGGUAGGAGCGCCAUUCGAGGGACACAAGGGCUGGGUGCGAGCAGUUGCUAUAUCCCCAGAUGAUAGGAGAAUUGCGAGCGGCGGAGAGGACAAAACUAUUAUCCUAUGGAAUGUGGACAACAAACAGAAGACUUUGGAUCCGCUGGUGAAGCAUGCGCGCGAUGUGAACUCGUUGUGCUUCUCCCCCGAUGGCAAAAAACUGGCAAGCGGGUCAUCUGAUUGCACGGUUGUUGUAUGGGAUGCAGAGACUGGCGCUGUCCUCGCGACACUUCGUCAUAACAGUAUGGUGUUGACUGUGGUAUUCAGUCCCGAUGGGUUGAAAUUGGCCUCGGGAUCAAAAGACAAUACCAUCCGCGUUUGGCGCACUAAUGACACCGAGGUUCUUCUCGAGUUCAACGCUCACCAAGAUCGGGUUCGAAGCGUUGCGUGGUCUCAUGAUGGCCAGCAACUUGUCUCCACAUCAUACGACCAAACAGUCAAGUUUUGGAACUCGUCAAACGCAGACCAGAUUGGUCAACCUUGCGCUGGUCACACUGCCUGGAUCUACUCGCUCGCCAUCUCCUUUAACAACUCCUUCAUCGCCACUGCCUCUUGUGAUAACACGGUGCGGCUGUGGAGCACAAAAACACACCAACAGAUAGGGCAGGCACUUGAACACACUAGCUGGAUCGGCUGUGUUGUAAUUUCUCCCAAUGGAGAACUACUCAUGAGUGGAGAUGGAGAUGGGAAGGUUUGGCUCUGGUCCAUCAAGAACAUACUCGAAGAAUAUCAUGCGGAGGAUAGACUAAAGGAUGAGCAACAGCAACUGCUCACCAACGCUGCUGGCAAUGUUCUGUCGACACCUUUCAUAACGGACAUCGAUCGAAAUGACAUCCAAGCUCAGCCACGCAAUGAGGACUCUGACAAUUGCGACAUUAAAAACCAUUAUUCUUCGGACACUCAUGCAGCCUCUAGUAUCCUCUCGUUUUCCUCACCAUUCGACAGCCUUCCUAUGAACCCGACGGAGAUCGACACUGAUGGCGACAGCUGUAAUUCUUAUGCCAGUCGCUCGGUUGUAAUGGCGCGAAAUUCUGAUUGGGACCAGGCACUUCGAGAUGCAGUCAACUCAAUCGAUAUCCGACCCUCAUUAAUGGGCUGCAUCUCUAAGGGCAUUGCCCUUUGCGGCAAAGGGCAAGUUUGGAAUGCCAUGGAAGCUUUUGAUCUCGCUUUCACAUUUGCUACUCAUGAUUCGAUUACCAUUAAUCUUUUACUGUUGAUCAAGGCUAUUGCGCUUUUCAAUGCAGGUCAUCGUGAAGAGGCAAUCCGGCGAGUUCAAGACCUAGCCAUUGCCUGUCAGCACUUAGAUACACUUUCGUGCAAUGUCGUAAACUCAUAUCUACAUGUACGACUUGCAACCAUUGCUUUUGAGAAUGGGCGGUACUUCGAAGCUGCUGAACAAUUCACGGAGGUCCUCAUUACGAAUAUGAAUAUGGCUGGCUCAUCUUUACGCGCGGCACUGUGCGAAUCUAGAUUAAAGAUAUUCACCGUGGUCUGUCACAACAACGUCACAACACUUCCAAUAAUUGAUGACAUGCGCUUUGCAGCUCUUUGGUUGGGACUUAGAUUCAUUAUGGCAAACCAUCCACCAACGACAGUGUGACGCAUUCCUCCGCGCGGAUCAAGUGAUCGAAGCCAUCGAAGCGUAUCAAUACAUGAUGCACAUAUUUGACGAGGCUGAGAAGACCAGCUGUCUCGCAUGGUCUACCACCUUCAAGCAAGACUGCAUUGCACGCUGUGUGGCCAAGGGAAAAGAAGCUGUUGUUGCGAACGAUCAAGC